AUGCGGAAGCAGGCGUAUAGGCGGGGAGACAGGCGCGAAGCUAAGCGGCUCAGCUUCAUGAUAAAACAAAAAAAGGAAGAGGCAGAGCGGCUGAACACAACUGCAGCCGAGCGUAUUUUCAAAGGUGAGUCGAAUGCUAAUAACAGGCGAGCGAAUGACGUCGACCUGCAUGGGCUCUAUGUCCAGGAAGCAAUCAAGUUCGCCGAGGCGAGCAUUACAGUAUCGCAGAGUCGCGGCUUUUCGACGCUCAAGCUGAUUGUCGGCAAAGGUCUGCACACCUCGGAUGGUAUUGCAAAGGUAAAACCCGCGAUUGAGAAGAUGCUGGAGCGCCGCGGACUCGUCGUUGCGGAGCAGCGUGGCAACGCCGGUGCGCUGAUCGUUCAACUAGACAGUGGAGCGCGCGUGCUGGAUGACAGCGAUGACUCGGACGUGUGCGAGAUGUGA